AUUUUAUAAAUACUUAAGCAUUUUAGUACUUAGGCACAGUUGGAACGCGACCACCGCUCAUUAAAUUAACAAUUCGCACAACAAACACAAUAAAAUGGCUGAAGUUGAAGCUGUGCAAAUUAUAGCAGAGUCGCUCAAGCAACAGGGCGUGGAAUAUGUAUUCGGCAUUAUUGGCAUACCCGUUAUCGAGCUGUCCAUGGCCUUUCAGGCAGCUGGACUCAAGUACAUUGGCAUGCGUAAUGAGCAGGCGGCCUGCUAUGCGGCUCAAGCAAUUGGCUAUCUGACGGGCAAGCCUGGCGUCUGCUUGGUGGUCUCUGGACCGGGUCUGCUGCAUGUGACGGGUGGCAUGGCCAAUGCGCAGGUUAACUGCUGGCCUUUAAUUGUGAUUGGUGGAGCAACGAAUCAGGAUCAUGAGGGCAUUGGCGGCUUUCAAGAGUGCCCACAAGUGGAGCUCUCGCGUCCCUACUGCAAGUAUGCUGCACGCCCACCGACGGCAGCUCUGAUACCGCUGCAUGUCGAGAAGGCAGUGCGCUAUGCCACCUAUGGCCGUCCUGGUGUUGCCUACUUGGAUUUCCCUGGCAACAUUCUGCAGUCAAAGGCGCAAGAGGACAAGAUUUACAAAGCUUUGGCGCAUCCAGCUCCGCCUUUGGCCUAUCCGCCACAUGAUGAAGUCAUUCGCGCUGCACGUCUGCUGCGCCAGGCCAAGCGUCCGCUGGUCAUCAUCGGCAAGGGCGCUGGCUAUGCCCAUGCCGAGCACAUAUUGCGUCAUUUUAUUGAGAAUACAAAUCUGCCGUUUUUGCCAACGCCCAUGGGCAAGGGCGUCGUCUCCGAUACGGCGCCUCAAUGCGUAAGCUCGGCACGCACAUUGGCGCUGCAGCAGGCCGAUGUGGUGUUGCUGCUGGGCGCUAGGCUGAACUGGAUUUUGCACUUUGGACGCGCUCCACGUUACGACAAAGAUGUCAAGUUUAUACAGGUGGACCUUUGUCCCGAAGAGUUGCACAACUCGGUGGUCUCCUCGGUGGCCAUUCAGUCGGAUAUACGUCCCUUUGCCGAGCAGCUGUUUGAGCAAAUGAAUGCAGUGAACUUCCGCUUUGGCUACGAGCAGGAAUGGUGGAAGAAACUGGCGGCCAAGUGCCGACAGAAUCGCGAUACUGUGGCGCAAAUGUCCAUGAACACCUCGACGCCACUGAACUACUAUGCAGUCUUCCACCAUCUGCGUGAGCUCUUGCCCAAGGACACCAUAAUUGUGAGCGAAGGCGCCAAUACUAUGGACAUUGGACGCUCCAUGCUGUUCAAUGAGCAGCCGCGUCAUCGCCUCGACGCUGGCACCUUUGGCACCAUGGGCGUGGGUCCAGGUUUUGCCGUUGCUGCUGCGCUAUAUUGCCGCGACUUUGCGCCCGGCAAGCGCGUGCUUUGCGUUGAAGGCGACAGCGCCUUUGGCUUCUCGGGCAUGGAGAUCGAGACAAUGGUGCGCUAUAAGCUACCAGUGACCAUUGUAAUUGUGAAUAACAACGGCAUUUAUGGUGGCUUCGAUAAGGACACCUUUGAGGCCAUACGCAGCGACGGCGAUCUCACACAAAUCACGCCACCAUCGGCAUUGGGCGUGCAGGUGCGCUAUGAGGAGAUGAUGAAAAUGUUUGGCAUGCAAGGCUACUUCUGCACCGAAAUCGAACAGCUGCAGUCGGCGAUUAAGGCAGCCAAUCAGCUCAAGGACAGGCCCACCAUUAUCAAUGUGGCCAUCAGUCCCUCGUCGGAUCGCAAGCCACAGUCGUUCAACUGGCUCACCGAAUCGAAACUUUAAGACAAUCUAUUGUCGUUCGUAGUUUGUAAGCGCACAGUUUUUGAGCAUUCCUAAAAGAAUUAUUUUCUAAAAAAAAAAAUGUAACUGCAUUUGCAACGAUAUUUACUUUGUAUAUACACAAGCACACACACACACAAACACACGCACACGUUUUAUAUAACCCAAUGUACGCCACUUUAUAGAUAAAUAGUUUAAAAAUUG